CCGGUCUUUUUAAAUGGUUCGGACUUUCAUAACUUGUUUCUCCCCCCUCCCCCCUAUUAUAACGUUGGAGAUCUCCUAACUUGACCUCCAACUUAUAACCGUAACUUCGUUCCAAAUAACACACGAACAGACCUUUUUUUCAACUUAUUAAUAAAAAAGCGGGUUCAAUUCAUCGGUUCUCCCCCUGUCGAUCGUUUUAUUUUCAUCUCACAGAUAAACUAAACUUAUAUACUACGAGAAAAAAAGAACACGCGAGCGUAAACUUUCCAGAUGCCGAACACGACGGCUAUCUCCGCUCCGGGCAAGGUCCUCCUGGCCGGAGGCUUCUUAGUCCUAGACCGCCAGCACACAGGACUCGUAUUUGGCUUGAGCGCCCGUAUCAAUGUCAUUGCUCGGGAGAUUGAGACCAGCAAAGGUGUUCAGCUCAGCGAGAUCAUUGUCGAGAGUCCUCAGUUCCUCGAGGCGCAAUGGCGCUACGGGUACCAUUUGGCCCCUGAGGAUGGCGGUAUCAAGCUAACUCAGCUGCAAGUCGGGUCGGAUAUAAUCCCCAAUCACUUUGUCGAGGUUACGCUAGCCUAUGCUCUCACUUAUAUUAUCACGACUGGUCAUGCCGGGUCCUUUAACCCUGUACAAUUAACAAUUCUCGCUGAUAACGACUACUACUCACAAUCUCAUUCGCACUAUCAGCACCUCCACUCGGGCCCGGCAGGCCGAUUCGCCAAGUUUCCUACUAAGCUUAAGGAUGCUCACAAGACCGGCCUCGGGUCAUCCGCGGCCCUCGUCACUGCGCUCACGGCCGCCUUACUAACGCAUUACCUUCCUCAAUCCGUCUUCGACCUAAACUCGGCGGAAGGCAAGCGUACGCUGCACAACUUAGCCCAAGCCGCGCACUCCGCCGCCCAGGGAAAAAUCGGCUCGGGCUUCGACGUCGCGGCCGCCGUCUACGGCAGCUGCGUAUACCGUCGCUUCUCGCCCUCCCUCCUGCGCGACGUCCCCGACAUCGGCGCGCCAGGCUUCGCCCCCGCACUCGCGGCGUGCGUGGCGCGCGAGUGGGACGCCGAGUUCCGCAAGGAAGACGCGCGCAUGCCCCCGGGCGUCGCGCUGCGCAUGUGCGACGUGGACUGCGGCAGCCAGACCGUCGGCCUGGUCAAGCAGGUCCUCAAGUGGCGCGAGCAGACGGACCCGUCCGGGGCCCAGGCGCUGUGGGCCAACCUGCAGGCGCGCAACGAGGCGCUCGGGGCGGCGCUCAGCAGCGACCGUAAGGACGCGAUCCGGGGCGCGGUGGAGCAGGUCAGGGCGCUGGUGCGCGAGAUGAGCGCGGCGAGCGGCGCGGCGAUCGAGCCGCAGAGCCAGACGGCGCUGCUGGACGGGCUGGCGGGCGUCAAGGGCGUGUACGAGGGGGUGGCGCCGGGGGCGGGCGGGUACGACGCGCUGGCGCUGCUGGUCAGGGACGACGCGGAGACGGAGGGGAGGAUCAAGGAGUUUUUGCAGAAGUGGAGCGAGGAGAAGGAUGUCCAGGUGAGGCUGCUGGGGGUUAAGGGGGAGAUGGAGGGCGUGAGGAGGGAGGGGUUGGAGCAGUAUGGUGGGUGGUUGGGACUUGUUUGAUGAUUUGAAGAUAUGAGAGACAGAGAGACAGCGAGAGGGGGAGAGAGAGAGCAGGGAAAGAGGUUAAUGGCGUAUAGUGAUUAGGAGAGGAUAAUAAUAAGGAAGGAAAAAAAAAAGAGAUAAUGAGAGAGGUUUAGAGAUGAUAUGAUGGGAUUUAGAAACGGUGGAAGGAAGCCUCGGAGAUUGAAAGUAAUAGAUGCGUUGUCUCAGUUUAAAAUCGUUAACUAUAGAAUAAAACAGGUACCUGUUAUGCGAGUCCUAGGUGAGUUCUGAUAUCGUAUUAGCUUACCUACCUACCUAAACACUAAUAUGUACAUGUUGACGUAUACA